AUGUUCGCCCAACCAUACAACCACUCGUUCGAUGACUUGUUCAGCCAAUACGUCAACGUGGAGAGCUCCGAUGGCAACAAAGACUACGAAGAGCUCUUCCCGCUUGACUCGUUAUCGAGUGACGGCGAUCACUCUCCCCCGGGCUCCACUAUCAAGCGUGAAUCACCGCAACCUUGGACUAAAGACUGGUCCCUGCAGGACGGCCCGGGACUUGAGCAAUUCGCUUUUCAAGACACUGUCCACCCCUCUGCCAUUUCUGACCUCGGCCUGAACAAUUUCGAGGUUUCUUCCCGCCCCGCCACAAACGCCGUUUCUUCUCCCUCUACUCCUCCCGCUACUCCCCGCCGCAAGGCUAUCUCCAAAAGUGCCCUCAUCACUCCCAAAUCUAUUCGCCAUCGCGAUCCCAAUGAGCGACGUGCGCUCCUGCGCAAGCAAAGUUUCUCCCCUAGUCUGAUGCGCUCUUCUAUCCAGAAAGGAAGAAUGGCUUACCCUGAGGCCUGGGCCCAAAGGGUCCAGAGCUUCAACCUCUCCGGUUCGGAUCGCCUUCCCUUGUCUCCCCCGCCUUCCGACGUUAUCGCUCAGCAUGAGACCAUGCAUGCCGAUAGCCUGAACCGCACUGGAGACACCGCAGAGAUGCCUCACUAUGAUGCGCAACUCUUCCACCAGUCCCCUGCUGUCUCCAUGCCAUCUCCUUCCGUCGGUGCGCUUGCGCGCCACCAGCAACAUUACAUGAGCCAUCCCGGCUCCUCAGCUUUGACCAACUCCAGCCCUCCCUCCGCCGAUGACAUCUUUUCUUCCUCCCACUCUUCAGAUCCUCAGUCCAUCUCCUCAUGGCAAUCCGAUGCCUUCAACCCCACCCUCUCCUUCACUCCCGAUCUCCAUGGCCCCGAAAACCAGUGGUGGUCUCCCAUGCCCAACAAGGUUGCGCAACAACAACCCGCUUAUCAUUCCGCCCCUCAUCCGCGCAUACAGAGCGUUAGCAGCCAGAGCGAUAUGAUGCAAGGCGGGCUUAUGAUCCAGAUGGAUCCCUCGUUUGACAUGUCCACUGAAUCCUCUUUCUCAUCAUCAAACAUGAUGCCCUCAAAUGGACAGAAGUUCAUGACUCCUUACACCGCUCCUCAAGUCCAAAAUAUCUCCCGCUCCCCAUCUCUUUCUCCCAAGGCCAGCUCACCCAAGGGCCUCAAAGGCCACCGCCGCACCCACAGCAGAAAGCUGUCGGGUCAGAGCAUGAAUGCUCCCAAGUCGGCCAAGUCAUCCACUAGCCCUCGCGGCUCCAACAAGUCCGUUAGCGUCUCCUUCGUGAACUUCACUGCCCACGAUAGCCACAAGAUCCUCGGCGGCGUCGCACCCUCCGGCAGCUCCAAGACAAAAGCCCGUCGGGAGCAAGAAGCCAAGGAUCGACGCCGCAAGCUGAGCGAGGCAGCUCUCAAGGCUGUGCGCAAGGCUGGUGGUGAUGUUGACGCACUCGAAGCCAUCUUCUGUUAA